AGAUGGGCGAGUGGGACUUUCUUGGACGUCUGCUGGACAAGGUUCAGAGACACUCGACAAUGGUGGGGAAGAUCUGGCUGACGGUCCUCUUCGUCUUCAGGAUCCUGGUGCUCGGAGCCGGGGCGGAGAAAGUCUGGGGGGACGAGCAGUCCGACUUCAUCUGCAACACCCAACAGCCGGGCUGCGAGAACGUCUGCUACGACCACGCCUUCCCCAUCUCCCACAUCCGCUUCUGGGUCCUUCAGAUCAUCUCUGUGUCCACGCCCACGCUGGUUUACCUGGGUCACGUCCUGCACGUCAUCCACCAGGAGAAAGAAGUCAGGGAGGUCAUGAGGAAGGCCCAGAACGAUCACGUCAACCUGUUCCUGAGGAAAGGUCUCAAACUGCCCAAAUACAGCAACGACAAUGGGAGGGUGAACAUUCAGGGUCGCCUCCUGAGGAGCUACAUCCUAAACCUGCUCUGUAAGAUCUUGCUGGAGGUGGGGUUCAUCCUGGGCCAGUUUUACAUCUUCGGCAUCACCCUGCAGGCACAGUACGUCUGCACCCGCUUCCCCUGUCCUCACAAGGUGGACUGCUUCCUGUCCAGACCCACCGAGAAGAACAUCUUCAUUUGGUUCAUGCUGGUGGUGGCCUGCGUGUCUCUGCUGCUCAACCUGGUGGAGGUCGUCUACCUCUGCGUGAAGCAGGUCAACGAGUGCCUGAGCAGGAAGAAGGACUACACCGUCACCCCCGUCACCCCGGUUCUGACCAAGAAGAACUUCGAAAACAAAGAUCACGUCAUCCAGAACUGGAUGAAGCAAGAACUGGGCCUCCACAGGAAGGAGCUCGGCAACGACGUGGCCAAGUGCACCAUCCUGGACGAGCACAACGUCACAGACGUAGAGGAGGUUCAUAUCUGAGCCACAUGCUUCUGUAAACACCACACAAUCUUUCACAAGGUCGUUUUGGGUAAACAUUCGUGGAACCGAGCAUGUGGUGUUGAGUUAAAACCCUCCGAAUCUGCAGGACACGUGUUUCAGUUCUUGUGUUAAACUUCUGAUAAUAUUUACGUAGAUUUAUAAUUAAAUGAUGGAACUUUUUGUGGUUCUGUGGCUUUGAAUAAAAUCAGGGUUAGUGCUGAUUGGUACCUGCUUUCAGUCUAAACCUGUAUGCUGGUGUUGAACCCAGUU